AUGCCGAUAGCUGAUGUUCUACUGCAUCCGGAGUACAAGCACUUCGGAGCGAAGAACAGCAUUGCUCUCAUGAAGCUGCUUAAAUCCGUUUCGUCUCAAUACGUAUUGCCAGUAUGUCUACCAUUCAAGAAUUUCAUAAUGAGACGCGGAAGACAGACGACAGAGAAACUAUAUCAUAUAGAUUAUGCUAACGAUGUACCAAGAGACUUAAUAACAGAAGAAAAAGAAGUACAAAAACUUAGUUUACUACCCAGAGAACUUUGCUAUCUAUAUGACGAACAACCAGAAAAUUCAACGAGUUUUGUCAAGAACCGCAUGGCAUGCUCAACAGGAUGUGGAAUGCACUCUGGUGCCCCAAGUUUAGUACAUGAGAAGACUGGACAUUGGUCAGUAGUGGCGAUAGCAAUAGGAGGGUCUUCGUGUCCAGACCCUCUCAGACCGCGUCGACCACCGUCUCCUCCGCGCCACAUCCUGAUACAUCCCUAUGUCCCCUGGAUCACAGCUGCCAUCGCUGGCAAGGCUGUGGGGGCCUUCGCCAAAGAUGACCCAUUUGGCUUCAUGAUGCCCAGAGCAUCACUAUACGAUUUCCAAGGGUUCCACAAGUGGAUCGGACACUGGUGGAUGGGAGGACCACGCUGCCAGGACCGAGGGGACGCGGCGGACGACCUCAUGAGGUUCUACCACGAGAUCUUCCAGGUGCAGCCUGCGACUCAUACUCGGAUGGACUACUAUCUUGAGAUUGACGCAGCCCUCGGCACCCUCAUCGUCUGCGUCAAGGUCGGUAUGCCAUACAAGCUGGGUCAGCCCAAAGUAUGGGAACUGGAUACCCCUGUCGUCAGAGUGAAAAUACCAGUAAUCCCGUUCUCAAACACAUAUAGAAUGCAAAUAGAGGCAUGGGCUUAUAAUACAACGGAGUCUUCCGAUUCAGGAGGAGAGGAAGAGAAUGAAUGCGAUAGUGCCGAAUCUGAAGGCUGUUCUCAAUAA